AUGAAGGCUGCUUUCUUCUCCAUCUUCGCCCUGGCCACUGCCGCCAUCGCCUCUCCUGUUCCCCAGGCCCAGGUCAACGCUGCUCCUUCCAAGACCGAGGUCCAGUCCAGCGUCCUCAACCUCGACAAGCUCCUUGGAGGCAUCCUUGGCGGCGGCGCAAUCGUCCCCGGAGCUACCAAGGGCGUUAAGUCUGUCAUCAAGCGUGACGUCUCUGAUAUCACUGGCCUCCUCUCCAUCCUCAAGUCCGGUUCCGAUGGCAUCAAGGACAAGACCUCUGGCUUCCAGGGUAUCGCCGACAAGGUCUCCGCUGGCGACCUGACCAAGGCUGAGGGUGCCGAGUUGGCCAUCCCCGGCCUUGAGGGUCUCAACGCCGAGCUUACCCACAUCGUUACCGAGCUUACCGGUUCUGCUGGCCUCCCCGUCGCUGACGGCGAUGUCACCAAGGUCCUCAACCUCGUUACCGUCCUCGUCAACGUUGUCCUCACUGCUGUCAAGACCAUCGUCACUGUCACCGGUCUCCAGCCCCAGCUCGUCUCUGUCCUCCACUCCGUCUUCCAGAUCCUCGCCAAGGUCCUCGCCCUCGUCCUCGGUCUCGUUUCUGGCCUCCUCCCCGGCCUCAUUGUUGCUCUCACUCCUCUCCUUGCCGGUCUCGGAACUGGUGUUCUCGCCCCUCUCCUGACCCCCGUCGUCGCUCUCCUCGCUGGCCUCGGUGCUGGUAUCUAA